CAGGUUGGUUGGUGCUUCAGCGUUCCGAACCCUGAGAUCCCCAAUUUUCCCGUGGAGCCAUACCUAGAACAAAUCAAAUCGGAGAUGGACGCGUUCAGACCUCAUGUCAUUGUGGGUGCCUCCAAAGGUGGCGUGUACAUCAUCGGCCUGUGGCGACGUGGCUAUUGGAGAGGGCCGACGGUGCUCAUCAAUGCGCAUCCAACUUGUCGUCAAUUGCCACAGGAAUCGAAUGUUGCGAUUGCUGUGGGCUCCAAUGACGAGGUGUAUCCCAUCAGUCGACAUGACUUGGAGGCGAUCUUGAACACGGGUGGCAUGAACAAGACCUUCCUCUACUUCACCUGCGACAGUGGUCGCUUACCCUCCGGGCAGAUCAGUCGCCAAGGGGACACCCACAAUCAGGAGUCCCUGCUGCACCAUGACGUGCUGCCGCGGCUCAUUGACUCAGUGCUGUGUCCGGAGGGGCCGGAGAUGCACUUCAUUCGCACCUGGAAAGAGAGGCUGUCAAUAGAGCGCAACAAUGCUGAGCUGUGGCUAGGCUUCAGCCCUGAGCAGAUCAUGCGACUCUGGUCCACCAACGGCCAUGGGCAACAUCUCUUCGAUGUUCAUCCGGGGACUGAGGAGUAUCGCAUGGUCUCAGCUUGUUUCAAGGCAUUACCCAUGGAACAGCAAGCCUACAUUCUCUCACCACCUGAGACAUGGUAUCCCGUGCGAGCGCUGCGCAUUCAACGUGUGGAGAACGGGCCGCAGGGGGAUGCCUCCUGGAAGCCGUACUACAAAUCCCUGGUGAGGUCUUUGGAAGAUCAGGGUGUGGAGUUUGAAGCCGGAACGCACACGUGCUGGGCAUUCCAUGGCUGCAACAAUGAAGCCCUGGAGUGCUUUGACGGUGGUGUUCUGAAC